AUGUCCGUCACACUGCAUACGUCGCUGGGCGACAUCAAAAUAGAGGUCUUUUGCGAGAGUGUGCCCAAGACUGCAGAGAACUUCCUCGCUCUCUGCGCAUCCGGCUACUACGACGAAUCCCCCUUCCACCGCCUCAUCCCAAAGUUCAUGGUCCAGACAGGCGCACCGGCGACGCCCUCUCCCCCGGAGAACCCCAAGGGCGGACGGAGCAUCUGGGGCGGCGCCUUCGAGGACGAGAUCCGACCGACGCUGCGGCACAGCGCGAGGGGCAUGGUGGCGAUGGCGAACAAGGGGCCGGGCACCAACGGGUCGCAGUUCUUCAUCACGUUGGACAAGGCGCCGCACCUGGACGGCGUGAACACGGUGUUUGGCAAGGUCAUUGGCGACGAGGGGCUGGCGACGCUGGCUAAGAUGGAGGCUGUCGAGGUGGACCGGAAGAAUCGGCCAAAGGAGCCGUUCAAGAUUGAAAAGGUGUCCAUUCAUGCGAACCCAAUUGCGGGCUGA